GUCCGCUACGCGACCUGGAGCAUCAUCAUGGACUCGGUGGUGCCGUCCGAUAAGGGCAACUACACCUGCAUCGUGGAGAACAAAUACGGGAGCAUCAACCACACCUACCAGCUGGAUGUCGUGGAGCGGUCCCCGCACCGGCCCAUCCUGCAGGCCGGGCUACCUGCCAACAAGACGGUGGCCCUGGGCAGCAACGUGGAGUUUGUCUGCAAGGUCUACAGCGACCCCCAGCCCCACAUCCAGUGGCUGAAGCACAUCGAGGUGAACGGCAGCAAGAUCGGCCCCGACAACCUGCCCUACGUGCAGAUCCUGAAG